AUGGACGAGCACCGGAGCCUGCUGCGCUCGCCGGCAGCCUCCUCCUCCAGCAGGCACCCGCGGGGCGGCGGCAGCAGCAGCAGCCACCACCACAACCCGGGCUACACCGAGCCGCCGCCCCCCGAAGCCCCCCAGCCCGGCCCCGAGCAGGAGGAGGGGGAGGAAGCAGAGGAAGAGGAGGGCGGCAUGACCGUGGUGCUGGGUGGGGGGGACCCCCUGCUGGAGGAGCCCCAGCACCCCCACCCGCUGCUGGCAGGGGAACGCUACGACCACCCCCCGGCCCACGUCCCGCUGCCCCCCGGCCACCACCCGGCGGGCGGCGGGGAACACGAGUGCUGCGAGCGGGUGGUGAUCAACAUCUCGGGCCUGCGCUUCGAGACCCAGCUCAAGACCCUGGCCCAGUUCCCCCAGACCCUGCUGGGCGACCCCCGCAAGCGGAUGCGCUACUUUGACCCCCUGCGCAACGAGUACUUCUUCGACCGCAACCGGCCCAGCUUCGACGCCAUCCUCUACUACUACCAGUCCGGGGGCCGCAUCCGGCGCCCGGUCAACGUGCCCAUCGACAUCUUUUCAGAGGAGAUCCGCUUCUAUCAGCUGGGCGAGGACGCCAUGGAGAAGUUCCGGGAGGACGAGGGCUUCAUCCGCGAGGAGCAGAGGCCCCUGCCCGACAAGGAGUUCCAGCGCCAGGUGUGGCUCCUCUUCGAAUACCCGGAGAGCUCCGGGCCGGCCAGAGGCAUCGCCAUUGUCUCGGUCCUCGUCAUCCUCAUCUCUAUUGUCAUUUUCUGCCUGGAGACCCUGCCUGAGUUCAGGGACGAUCGUGACUAUGAGGGGACGGGGGGGACCUUCGGCACGAGCAGUGGCCCCUUGGAGACAGACACCUUCACCAACUCCUCCUCCGCGGCUGUCUCGAUGGUCUCGUCCUUCACCGACCCCUUCUUUGUGGUGGAGACGCUGUGCAUCAUCUGGUUCUCUUUUGAGUUGCUUGUCCGCUUCUUUGCCUGCCCCAGCAAGGCCACUUUCUCCAAGAACAUCAUGAACAUCAUCGAUAUUGUGGCCAUCAUCCCCUACUUCAUCACCUUGGGCACGGAACUGGCUGAGAGGCAGGGGAACGGCCAGCAAGCCAUGUCCCUGGCCAUCCUCAGGGUCAUUCGGCUGGUUAGGGUCUUUCGUAUCUUCAAGCUCUCACGACACUCGAAAGGGCUGCAGAUCCUGGGGCAGACCCUCAAGGCCAGCAUGAGGGAGCUGGGUUUGCUCAUCUUCUUCCUCUUCAUCGGAGUCAUCCUCUUCUCCAGCGCUGUCUACUUCGCAGAGGCGGAUGACCCCACCUCAGGCUUCAGCAGCAUCCCCGAUGCCUUCUGGUGGGCGGUGGUGACCAUGACCACGGUGGGCUAUGGGGACAUGCACCCAAUCACCAUUGGGGGCAAAAUUGUGGGGUCCCUCUGUGCCAUUGCCGGGGUGUUGACCAUUGCCCUUCCCGUGCCUGUGAUAGUCUCCAAUUUCAACUACUUCUACCACCGGGAGACCGAAGGCGAGGAGCAAGCCCAAUAUCUGCACGUAGGGAGCUGCCAGCACCUCUCCUCUACGGAGGAGUUGAGGAAGGCGCGUAGCAAUUCCACGCUGAGCAAGUCAGAGUACAUGGUGAUAGAGGAGGGGGGAAUCAACAACACUGCAUUCAAACAGGCUGCCUUUAAGACGGGCAACUGCACAGCUACAAACAAUCCCAAUUGUGUGAACAUCAAAAAGAUCUUCACUGAUGUUUAAAAAAAAAGCCUCUGAGGAAAUGUUGAAAUAAUAAUAAUAAUGCAAAGUGACCAUGUAAUCAGUAUUGUCUGGAACAUGCAUCAUCAUUGGUCUGUGUGCGCCCUUGUCCAACACCUAUAUUUUUUAGAUCAUUCCUUUGAAAGAACAAAGAAGAGGAUUACAAAAGAAUCAGAAGAUAAGAGGAUGGGGGUGUUUGCAGAAAGGAAGAUCAGAGGACAAAAAAGAAGAACACGCUCCCCGUUGAAACAGGUGUUUUUUUCUGCAACACGUUUCAGUGCUGCUUUGUAGGGGAGGGGUUGUGGGCAGCUGGCCUCUUUUCUUGUUUUCGCAGAGUCGUUGUGUAGCCGGUUUCUUUUUCGAUCACAUACACACAUGCACUUGUUGGACUGAAAACCAUGAGUUGGAAGGGAAGAAACUAAAAUUAAAUUGCAGAGCCUGUUGGCAGGCAAGGGGAGGGAAUAACCAUUUAAUUUUGCAAAGCAUCUCUGCUACCACAUUGUUAAAUGAUGCUUAAUAUUGAAAGUGUGGUAUAUGUCCUUUAUGGGCAUAUUUCUUUUCUUCCCCAGCCAGAUCGUCUAUGAUAUUCUAAUCUGUUCAGAGACCCAAGUGUAAUCAGUUUUGAUUUAAUCAGAAAAAUGCCCCCCUUCUCUAUUCCUAAUUCCCUUCUCCCACAACUGUUGGAAUUGUUUCAUCCAACCCAAAAUUCCUGGCUGCAUGGUAUGUAUGGGGAAAUGUUCUUCCCACAUGGAAAGGAUUGACAAUUGACUAACCAAACAGCAUCCUGAGCGUUUGAACAUCCUAUGAUGCCAAUGCAGAUUGGGGAUAGUUAAGCUCCCAUUAAACCAGUAAUGGGCUUUUUGAAGUGACUCCAGCCUCAGACAAAACCUACCAAGAGCCUAGAAACAAAUGGGGGGGUGUGUGUGGUAUUUUUGUCCAUUUCCAAUGCAUCUGAGAUAAGCGUCUGCAUCUAUCACAAGAAGAUUAAAGUGACAAACGCCUUCCAGUGGAAGUUACUAAUUCGGACCUGAGUGAUGCAGUUUCCAUAGCAACCCUGGUUUCCUGGGAAACCCCAAAAGGUUGUCAUGGUAUCCCUUCGCCCCAUCCCCCUUCAUCCUGUGCUGUUUCCACAGUAACCCUUCCAGAUGGUUCCAACUUCUGUGAUUCCACGGAAAAGCCACUGCCCUGGUAAACUGCACACACACAUACAGAGAGUUAAUCCCAGAGAGAUUUAGGAGUAGAAACUAGUCAUUAUCCUAGAUGCAUGGUUCUUUAGAUCUGAAACAUUUCUGAAGCCCUGGUACCUACUAAAUCAAGAAGCAAGAUGAUCAUCCGUGGAAUGCUGCUACGCACAUGUGCUGAAUAAAACACCUGUUCAUAGGCAAUAAACGCAACAAACCUCCAAAUUACCCUCACUAUCAAGUUAAUAUCUGGGCAGUGAAAUUGAAAAUUGAUUCCCUAUAUGCAAAUCUACACAUCUGCUCAGAAGUUCUAGAAAGGCGAUCUCAUUCCUGACAGAAUAAACCAUGCUUAAACUUGUGGUACGUGACCUAGAUUUUUCAAAAACCUCCCUCCAACUCCAAACAGCAAUUCCACUUUCAAGCAUAUACGGAACUGAACAACCAGACAGGAAACGUUAUAAUGCAAAAGGAUAUCAAUCUUUUGACAUUGGGGUGUGUGGAGGGGGAGUAAGCAGAGAUCUAUAAAGUGCAGAGGUGCAAAGUAACCAAAAUCCUGAGGGAAAAUAUGCCUGCCUCGUCUCAUCCAAGUCAGCAGCUGCAGAACAUCAGACAGAAACAGGGCACGAAGAUUUCAGAGGUUCUUAAAGGGGAUCCGUGCGCAAGAUGUGUUCCACUUUGCCUUAAAAAAAAAUCCAAACACCUUGUUUUUCUUUCAAAGCUGUUAUUUCCCCUGCCCAACAGAUAACAGAAGUCGUCUCAAAGUAAGAGCUACAAAAACUGUAGCUGGCCAGUAAAAUAUUUCUUAAAAGAAUCAGACACAUUGAGAAUGCAGUGACUAGUUAUAUUCUGUAUAUCAUGGACUGAACGGAUGGAUGGCCUACCCUCUUAUGUAUGCAGUACUUUAACUUCUAGUGGCAUAAAGAGUUCUACGUGUUCUCUGUGUUUUCUAACAAGUGCAUUAUGUAGAAGGGAACAUCUUUUCAGCCCGAAGAUUAUCUUCAAACCACGUGCAAUAUAAUAACGAGACCGAACAAAGCCAGGAAAAAGCAGAAGGAGGUGGAAAAUCAUUUGGACCUUAUUUCAGCCUUUUAAAAAAAACAAAAACAAAAAAACCCCACAUACUCAUGAAAGAUUAAACAACCAGAACGGAAAUGUUAAACAGAGCAGCUAAUAAACAAUCCAGAUGUUUUGUUUGUAACAAUUCAACUGCUCUUGCUGUUUUAUUUCAAAUGACUUUAUCACAGGCUGUGUCCAGCCAUGAGAAAUGAAUGAGUCAAUGUGCUAUUUUUCUGUGAAAUGUUGGUUAUAACUAGGUAUGUUCUGCACCAAAGGAUUUCCAGUUUACUCUAGCCCUAAUUACACUAGGAGAAAAGGGCAACAUCAUCCACUGACGCCGAAGAGGAAGGUGUUGAAGUGUCAGCUAACAAGUUGUGCCUGGCUUUAAAAAGCAAUUCAGUUUAAAAGAAAACUGAAGUGUCCAGGCAGAUAGCUGUGGGACUAUGCGUGACUAAUAGUGACUCUAGCAUCACCAUAACUCACUCCUCAUUUCACAGACGUCAAUGCUCCCUUUUCUACAGUAUGUUGAACUUUAUCAGGAGUGCAUAUUAUAGUAUUGGUUUAUAAUACUAUAAUAAAAAAGGA